AUGCCAGAUAAUCCAACGUUUCACAAUCUCUCACUGGAGAGACAUGGCAACGUAUUCGUGUUGACCAUGCAAAAGCCUCCCGAGAACCGAUUGAACUCAAGCUAUUGCCAGGAGAUGAUUCGAGCUUACCGUACAGUCGAGAAGCUGCUCGGUCCAGACUCUGAUGGCGCUGUUAUUACGCGAGGAAGCGAUACUAAGUUCUGGUGCACUGGAUUGGAAUUAGAUGAGUCUGACAGCAAUCCUUUUGCAAACACAGACGGCUUUUACCCACUUGUCCAUACAAUUCUCGACUUCCCAUUUCCUACAAUUGCGUUGCUCACAGGACAUACUUUUGGCGGCGCUUGUCCCCUAGCCCUGGCGCAUGACUACCGCGUCAUGAACUCGCGCCGUGGCUUCAUCUCUAUGCCUCCUGUCAAUCUGGGCUUGCAUUUCGAUGGGAUUGGAUCUCUUCCACGACUUAAACUCCGUCCUCAAAUUGCACGAAAGAUGCUUCUUGAAGCCCACAAAUGGACGGGCAAAGAGGCAUUGGAGGACGGAAUCGUUGAUGCUGUUGCUGAGCCCGAGAAGAUGCUGGAUGUCGCUCUCGACCUGGCGGCAAAAUGGGCACCAAAGGCGAAGAUGGGUGUAUAUGCAUUGCUACGUCACGAGUUGUGGGGGGAGGCAAUCGAGAAGUUCCAAAAAAUCAGCUAUGUUCAUAGUCGUGUGACAUCCGCUCCGGCCAAGGCCAAGAUCUGA